AUGGAGGAAGAAACCCAGAAUGAACAGGGAAUUUGCAUUAAUUGGGCUCAAAAGGUUACUCUUGACAGACCUAUAAUAGAAUGUACUCUUCUCUCUCCUAAUUCAGGCCAACAGAAAACUGUGUCUGGUUUACUGGACACAGGCGCGGAUAUUUCCAUAAUCUCUGCCAAAGAUUGGCCCAGCACCUGGGGUACAACAAGGCCAGCUGUCGACAUCCAGGGAGUAGGAGGAUCCAAAAUUCCUCUCCAGAGCAUUUUACCACUUCUGGUCCAAGGCCCACAGGAUUUCUUAGCUCCUUUGUUUCAGCUCCUUAAGGGAGAAGCAGAACUAACUUCUCCUCGUCAGUUGACACCAGAAGCAGAAAGUAUUAUUGAAGUGAUCAAUCAGAAAAUUUCAGAACAACAGGUAAACAGGAGAGUAGAAGGAUUACCUACUGCAUUGCUAAUCUUUCGUGGACCAAAACAGCCUUUUGCUGUAAUAGGACAAUUAGACUCAAAAAACAAAAAAUUUCUUUUGUGGGAAUGGGUAUUUCUCAGUCACCAGUUUUCAAAGACAAUUGUUACUUUGCCUGAAAUGCUUGCAAAAGUCUGUCACAAAGGCAAGCUUCGAAUGUUAGAACUGUCAGGGAAAGACCCAGAUUUUCUUUAUGUUCCACUGUCCAAAUCUCAAUUGCGUUAUUAUGAUUUGCAUCUGUUUGAUUUUCAACAGGUUAUGAGCAGGUCCGAGAUGGAUACCGUCCAGGCUAGUAAGGAUCCACCAAGAAGUUUCCCUCCCAGCUCAACCAGCAGCAGAUCCAGCACCAACGGAUUCAGCACCAACUACAGGAAGCGAUCCUCCAUCAGCAUCACCUUCGGGAUAAUCCUGUUUUUUACGUGCAGCAUAACACCAGCAAAUCAGAAAGACUUAACAUCAGGAGCCCUUGCCACACCUCCUCCAACAAUUCCAAAUUGGGUGAAACAACAGUUUGAAGAGCAGGUAAACAGGAAAUAUAGCAUCUUUAGAGCCAUACUCUACAGGACUCAAAAAGUUUCUGGGACGAUGUACUUCAUUAAGGUCCAAGUUAGUGGUACUGACUAUGUCCACUUAAAGGUGUUCGUGGGCCCUCCUGCAGAGAACGUAUAUCCUGCCCUUAUCAGUUUUCAGACUGGCAAGACCAGAAAUGAUCCUCUGGACUACUUCUGA